UCUAGUGGGUCUAGAUGACCCAACUCCCAAUGUUAAAGUGCCAUGGAUAGCACAAGGGUUACAUGUGAAUAAAUGAGGAAAAGCACAGAUCAAGCCAGGUCAUACCACUACUAUGAAGUAUUGACCUCUACCUUAUACAAGCUUCAUAUUCAACACUUCCCGUAUUGUGACACGUAUUGUGUCUAUUUUCUGCAGAGUAAUCCUUACGUGGUGUUUGUAGUAACACAAAUAAUUAAUAUUUCACAGUGAAAUGUCUCCUUUUCAUCAAUCUGUGUUUUGGAUCUAUCUAUUCAAAUAACUUCUUUUUUUUAAGAAUAAUUUAAAAUCAAGGUUUUCAUUUCUUUGUAAAUUUGCUGAAUAGUUUCCUUGAAAACAACCUAAAUAAGUCUGAAGCUCAUGGUUAUUUUCUGAAUUAGCUUAGAGAUAAUUGAUGGUCAAUGAGAAAAUCAAACCUCUGUUUUAUUAAUAAAUGAAUUCUUCAAGGACACACCUGUUAUUAUUUAUUACAUGUACUGAUCUACCUCUAAAUGGGCCCAGACUUGGAUUUGACUGUCACACCAACAGUUUCAUUUUAACUUCUGGUGUUUUCCUCAGUGCGUUUGCUGCAGACUAGCACUCUGGUGCAUGCUGCCUCAGCCAUGUGACUCAUACUUCACACUCUGACCACACAGUUAACAAGCAGGCGAUGGCUCCGCCCAUCACACGGGUUCAUCACUGCGAAACCUCUCAGAUUAUCCUGUGACUGACCCUCGUUUAUUCUAGCUGGACCUACGAUGCUCAGAUUUGACACCAAAACGCACCCCACACCCCCACCCCACUCUAUCGUGAUACUCUGUAUGGGUUGGCGUGCACAAUAUAAAGCGCUGACCAGGUUUUUGGCUCAUCAAAAACAUGCAGAAACAUGUUCCAACCAACAGAGGGCAGCAUUCACUCCUGUCAGGUUGGCUCCUCAGGUUUUAAGGAGAUGAAAAGGAGAAAGUGGAAACUCAGUCAGAUGGAUGAUGGCGCCCCGGAGGAUGGAAACCAAGCCGGCAAUCGUGUGCAUGAAGACUCUGCUGCUGCUCUACUCCUUCAUCUUCUGGGUGACAGGCAUGGUCUUGCUGUCAGUGGGUCUAUGGUGGCAGUUCAUGUUGGGCCCCUACACCCUGUUGAUCUCGAAUGGCCCUUCCAACGCUCCCUACAUGCUCACUGGCACUGGUGCUGCCAUCGUUUUGUUCGGACUGUUUGGCUGCUUUGCGACCUGUAGGGGGCGCCCCUGGAUGCUGAAAUUGUAUGCCGUUCUUCUGUGUCUUGUAUUCAUAAUUGAGCUCAUCGCAGGAAUCUCUGGAUUCGUCUUUCGCCACGAGGUUAAAGAGACGUUCUUCGUCACCUUCAGAGAGGCUGUGAUCAGAUACGAUGGACGUGACGACAAGAGUGUAGCGGUGGAUGAUGUUCAGCGUAAACUACACUGUUGUGGAGUGUCUAACUACACCAGCUGGUUCAGCACUCUGUAUUUUUCUGUCAGCGGUAUUCCAACCAGCUGCUGCAUUAGCUUCUCCAACUGCAACAGAGAGGACUUGAAGAACGCAACCCUGGCUGCAGGAAAAGUCCACAAGCAGGGCUGUUUUGAGUUGGUGGUGUCCUUCAUCGAGAACAACGUUGGAAUCAUUGCUGGAGUAACUUUUGGCAUCGCCUUCUCUCAGGUGUUCGGGAUGUGUCUGGCCUGCUGCCUUUCCCACUUCAUCAGCUCGUACCAGUACGAGAUGGUUUGACAGAAAACAUCACGAUCGGAUCACUUUAACAACCAGCAGCAAACUGAUAUCAUCUUUUUGUGUUUGUUUUAAGAGUUUCAUUCUUUUCUUGUUAAGAAUUUUUCUGUGACACCAGAAUGUUUAUCGGACGGUGUGUAACAGACUGGUUCAGGAUGCCUUAACUUCCUGAUGUUGAAGAAAUUCCUUAUGAAUUAAGAAGAUCUAAACUGUAAAAACAGUUCAUCUGUUUAUGAAGAAUAAUAAACUUGUUUGUGAGCGGUGAA